AGUUCGACACAACGGUCGCUCAACCUGCCCGCAUUGUACCAUCUGAACGGUUCAUCGUGCUCGCCUCGGUGGUCAUUGGCAGCGUCCUGGGCUACUCGCACCGGCGCAUGCCAGCAUGGCCGGCCCGCUGCGUCCACAUAAAGCGCUUCCAGGAGACUUGGUUGGGCUCGCUGCUCGCCGUGGCCGCCCUCGUGGGAAGCCUUGUGAGCGGCUUCCUCAUCGAGCGCUUCGGACGCGUGCAGCCCACCCAGCUGUCGUCGCUGGGCUUCGUGGGCGGCUGCCUCUGCAUCGCGCUGUGCAAUGCCAGCCUUCCCUGGAUGUUCGCGGGCCGCGUGCUCAUCGGCUUCUGCUGCGGCCUGGUCACGCUCGCGGUUCCCGUGUUUGUGGCCGAGAUCAGCCCGCCGCACCUUCACGGCCUACUGGGCUCCGGCGUGCAGUUGAUCAUCAUGCUAGACGUGCUGGUCGCCUUCGUCGACGGCAAGUGGCUCGACUGGCUGGCCCUCACUCUGCUGUGUACCGUGUGCCUCGUGCUCGUGCCGGCAGUGCUCGUACUAGCAGUGGGAGCCGCAGGACAUUGCUCUGGCUCCGUCAGGACCGAUUGACCGGAGCAUGACGGUGCAUCCACGUGGCUUCGUCGAGUUUGCGGCCAUACCCACUGUGCGUCUCUGCAAACCCAAUUGCAGUGCACUAGAAGCCAUAGAAGCUCCUAGUAGUGUGCACCAGAAAUAUAACCUAGCCGUCCAUGCACGGGCCACGCAUGCUCGUCGAUACCGUGAUAGCACAAAAAAUGCCAACGGCGACGAGUUUUCGCAUCACUUUCUAUCGCAAUAAAUGUGAGACGUGACAAAACAAAUGUAGCGACACUGUGAUGACCAAUGCGUGGAACAGCUGACGUGACAGCGUGUUAUGAUUUCAUUCACUGCAAAUUACGUUCAGAUUAGCAUACCAAGUAU